AUGUACACCUCAAUCAAGACUCUGGCCGCAGCCAUUGUUCUGCCCCUUGUGGCAGCCCUCCCCCUCAGCCAGCAUAAUGAGGCCGCCGUUUUCGACAGCAGCAAGCCUUUCACCCUCCACACUGAAGUCGUCAACGCCACCUCGGCAUUCAAUGACCUCUACCUGACCUCCUUCCACACCGGUGCUGGUCAAUCUACCGUCAUAGGAAGCAAGAACAGCAGCAUCGCCAUCGGAUGGGACCUCUCGAACUCAAUUCUCUCGCAGCCUAUCAGUAUCAGCGGAGAACCUGGCUUCAACUACGCUUACAACCUCAGUCUCGUUGACCAAGCACCUUUCCGCUCAAAUGCCCCUUCUGGCUACGACUAUAUCUCCCUGGGCGUCAGUGGCGUACCUACCACCGGCUUUUACUUCAACAACUCCACUCUUGCCUGGUCUGGCUCAAACUCCACGGCUCCUGACUCCUUCGACGGCUGCUUUGCUAUCUGCCAUGUCAACGGUACUGCUCCAUACUUCACCCUCGGUCGUGAAUACCAGCUGUUGUGGAAGACCAACAACGCUUCUAGCACCUCCUCCAUCUGUGCUGAUGUCAAGUUGAUUGGAGCCAACAUUGCCUAG